AUGGGUCAAUCGGUUGCAGCUGCUUCCGAAUACAACAAGAAUUAUAACCAUCCUCCACUUGGAUCCGAUCCAAUUUCUGAAUUGUAUCAAGCCGGAAAAACAAACCUCCUUGCUCAUGAUCAUGUUGCAUCAGGAGAGGGAAAGAAAACAAACAAAUCCAACAAACAACGAACGAGUGUGAGCUCUAGCACAGCAAUAACAAACUCUCCCAAAGGCGAGCCAUUCAAAAACAAAGGAUAUUUAGGUCGAGUGUUGCAUUCAACCUCCGAGUCGGAGAGCUCAAGCCUUCAUUCCCUUCUCGGUGAUGAUGAUGUCUAUGAAGAUGAUGAUGAAGAAAAGUCGAGUUGGAGCCAAGCACAAGAUCAUCGCUCAAAAGUAACCACGAAGAGGUGGCUUCUAUCCACAGCUCACGAACAACAAUCGAUGAUGAGGAUUCAUGAUUACAAUUUUAAAGAACCACCACCAUCUAAGAAUUUAAUAUUUAAAUAUAUCAUUCAAAAUAGUGUGGAAACGGAUCACCCUAAGAUGUUUGAAAUAAUUAUUCUUAUGGCUUGUUCGGAUUUAUUGCACGAUAUUUGCAAAUUGAGAUUGGUCUGCAAAUUAUUUAACAAGAUCAUUGAGGAAAGUUUAAAUUUUGUGGCAUUUCAACUCGAUCACAAGUCUGUAUUUACAGAAGAUGAGGAUUCUGAGGAGUUGGAGAAUUUACAUUAUUCAGAACGAAAAGCAUUUUGCCACAAGUUGAAAAUUUCGAGAAACAUCCUUUUUUCACUUCUCGCAAGCAUCAAGCAGCAUCAAGAUCGAAUACCCAGAUUUUUAUUGAACUCUCAACGUUUUCAUUAUUGCUUUGAUUUAAAUGAAACAGAAUGUCAAGUCAAAUUGAAAAAUCCUUUUAUUCAAUCACGCACUUAUGAAGGAGUAAAGAAUGAACUCCUUAAUACGAACAAUUUUGUAUUUUUGCAAGAAUUGGAAUUGUUCGUAAACAUUUCCAACAACGACUUGAUUCCACACAAUUUCAGUAUUAUUGCCAUUUGUAGAGAAACAUCAAGUUACGAAGAGUGUUUAUUCAGAUUUCAUACUUCAAUAUCCAACAAUGCUCAAAGAAGUGAAGAUCAGAGUGGACUCUCCACAAAAACUAGAUUAUAUCCCUAUCACAAGAAAAUGUUUUUUGAGAGUCCCACAAAAACAUCUUCUUCUCAAAUCUCCACUCAUGUGAAUCUUAAUUUUGAGUUGACUGAAGGAAGGUAUUCACUCAAGUUUAAAUUAUCCAACGACUACAAUACCAUUCAAGUGAAAGUCAUUGACAUUGAGCAUCAAACGUUGCACUAUGAGCUUCAAUCCAUACCACUCAUGCAUGCUAGUCCAUCUCAUGUGUCUCAGAUCAACCAUUCAAGACAACACUCCACUCCUUCCAUCAUGAUUGACCAUUUUCUGAUCAUUACUUCCUCCUCAGAUCGAAACAUUUGUAAACGUGUGACACUAUCCGCCUCUAUCAUGGAUUCUGGUUCGUGA